CUGAAGUGUUAAUAUAGAUUGAAUUCUAAGUCUCUUUUCUGUCUCAUAUAACUGUCGUACAAAGAUGUGAUAAUGACAGCAGUCCAUAAACAGUAUUGCUGAAAGCAGUUCUUGUUUGUCAAGUAAGAGUUUUAGAAAAAUUACUAGGUUGCCAAGUAUCAAGCCAGCUUAAUAAUUUUUCUAAGAAUUCAAUCUUGUGAUCUAUGUCAAUAUCAGUGAGUGUUUUUUAACAAUUGGUUCUUGAAAUAUGUCUUGUUUAUGUUUGCCUUUGAAUGGGGUUUUGACAUUCACAAUUUUCCACCAUGUUGUUAUUAUGUGGACAAAAUCAGCAGUAUCUUCAGAAAAUGGUAUACGGCUACCAAAAUGCCUCAAUGCUUCUACUACAAAAGAAUUAAAAAUUUUUAAAGAGAGUUUAACAUUCUGUCUUUCUAAAGAUGAGGGAAACAAUGCUUUUUGGUUUAACGAAUAUCCAAACUUUAAAAGCUUAUCAUACUCCAGUUCAUGUAAUUUUGUAAUUGCAGAAAAAGAAGCAAAUUUUUUCUUCGAAGUGUCAAAAUCAGGAAAAUAAAAUUUUUGGUCUGGUUUAGAGUUAAGCCAAUUAUUAAAUACACAUUUAAGUAAGUGAACUGUGUUAAAUAGGUAAAAUAAUGGCCUCUAAUUAUUAUCUAUGGGAUGAGGAUAAACAAUGCUAAGUUGGUCUGCAGUAAAAAAUGACUAAUGGCUUUCCCGUUAAUGGCAUUAUUAUCACAGUAUUAAAAAACUAUGUACCCAAUCUGCUCUAAAUUUUCAAUAAUUUGCUUAAUAAAAUUAUGAAGUAUGUCUGAUGUAAUUCUGGAGAUGAGAGCUAUAUGAACUACUUCCUUAAAGCUGGAACACACACUUGUGAUCAGAAAAGUAAAUGCCGAGGAAGCUAGAGACUUAUUAUUGACUGAUGUUCCAGUGAUAUUACCACCUUUAUAGUCCAUGUAAGGGUCAAUAUGAAUUUCAUCAAAAAGUAGUGUCACAAAUCUCUCAUUAUCCUUUAGUAAACUAAACACAUUUCGGGCAUAAGUUAAAAACAUUUUUUUUUCAUCUAUGUGGGGAUCGGUCAUGUGUUUGUUACAAAUACCCAUUAUAGUUUAAGGAUGUGGUAAAAUUAGGGAUCCAUACCUAAUUUCUUAAAUACUUGUACGCAUGAGGACUAAUAAUAUAGAUUAUAGAAGUCAAAACUAUUGUACUACUUGAAUAUCAAUCUGUACCUUUCCUUUGCAGUUGUAAAUCGAACACACGUUUCAUUUUAUUUAUGUCAUUUGAUGGUUUGACAUGAUUGAGAAUAGUAUUGCCAAGGGUAUUGGUAGCAGUCUCAGUAGCAGUAUUUGGAUUUAAAUCACAGUCGGGGUUGUCAUUAUUGGUAACAUUUUCCUCCAAAGGCAGGGUAAUAAUAGUAAGGUCUAUUGCUUCAAGUAUUUCAUAUAAAUCAUCUAAACUAUGGGAAGUAUAUGGAGUUUUAAAUUUUGAUAUUAAAACACAAACUGGGACGGGACUCUAUACAUUUUCUUUAUUCAGAGAAAAGAAGCGAAUAAGUAAAGGAAGAGAUAAGGAUCGCUAUAUAUAUUGGUACUCUAUAGGGGUUUCCUUAUUUAUUUCGUUGUUUCUCGGGUAUAGAGAAUCCGAUAUUACCGAUUCUAAAAACAUUAGGCAACUCGGUAAGAUCCACUCGUGAAUAAAGAAGAAAGAAGUAGAAAUUGACAAUAUUGACAUUUUUUUGUUUUGUUUUUGUGGCUCAUUCCCUAUAGAGUUUUUCCUUAUUUAAAAUGUUACCUGUGCAAAGGUAUUUAAUAAACAAUGAAGAAAAUCGCGGACGAAUUUAUAGAUAUAAUUUACAAAAAAGGGUGUUCAGAGCUAAUAGUGAUCCCUUUUCGCUACCUGAUCGGCGAUUUCAAGAGUUAUUUCGAUUAAAUAAAGAUCUUGUGGCAUAUUUGUUUAAUAUUCUACUACCCCAUAUGGAAAACCAGCAAAGAAGAACUAGAGUGCCAAGGGAAGUUAGGAUAUUGAUUGCAGUAAGGUUCUUAGCAACUGGUAAUUAUCAAAGAGGGGUGGGCGAGGAAUGGAUAUUGUCAACAAGUCAGCAAGUAGUCAGUAGAUGUAUAUCCGAGGUUUCAAACUUAAUUGUCAUCCAUUUAGGCCCCAUAUGCAUUCAGUUUCCAUUACAAAAUAUUCAGAAAAUGGAUAUCAAAAGAGAAGAGUCCCUUUCCUCAGAAAAGGGAGGAUUUCCAGGAAUAGUUGGGUGCAUAGAUUGUACCCAUAUAUCAAUUUUGUCACCAGCUUUGGAGGAGCACAAUUAUGUAAACCGCAAAGGUUUUCAUUCCAAAAAUGUGCAGAUUAUUUGUAGCUACAACUUAAAAAUCCUUAAUAUCAAUGCAAGGUUUCCGGGAUCUACAAAUGAUGCUUAUAUAUGGAGAAGCUCUCAAAUAAAGCAGUUCUUGCAAAAUGAAUAUAAUAGGGGCGAAAGAAACACUUGGUUAAUAGGAGAUUCAGGGUACCCACUUGAACCAUGGCUAAUGACUCCAUUUGAUAACAAUCCUCCCCCAAAUACACCAGAAGGUCGUUAUAAUCAAUCUCACAAAAUUACCAGAAGUAUUAUUGAGAGGUGUAACGGUCGAUUGAAAGGUAUUUUUAGAUACCUGUCAGGAGAGAGAAAGUUAAGAUACAGUCCUCAGAAAGUGGGAGUAAUUGUAAAUGCCUGUGCUGUAUUACAUAACAUAUGCAUAGAUGCAGGCCUAGAGUUUGAUGAAGACCUAAAUCAAAAUGACGAUAAUGAAGACCCAGACAAUAACAUACAAGCUCAUAUUCAAAACCCAGACUUAAACCAAGGGAGGCAAGUUAGGCAACAAAUUGUCCAGAUAUACUUCACAAAUGUUUGAAUAGGAACUUAAAACAUGGGCGUCUGAAUUUUCAGAUGUCUAAAUAUAAAUAAAAAAUUGAUAAAAUGAAGUAAUUUUGAAAAACAUUAUCAUCUUUAAUUAAAUGAUUCAAUAGCUUAUACCCAAGAUGUUCUCAUUUUAAAAUUGACUAAGCACAUUAGUUCGUUAACUUUUUGAUUAUGUAGGCAUAGUUUAUAAAUAUUUAACUUCAAAAAUGCAUACAAUGGUUCCUUAUUCAGAUAAUAAAUCAUUUAUAAACGUUUUUUUUUUUUUUAAAUUGAGAACAAUCCAAGAGGUAAUUUAUUUAAAUGUGUGCUAUAUAUUUACCAAG